AUGCAGAGGAGGAAAAGGUUGCUAGGGGAAUCCUCGAGGGCUUUUCUUGAAGAUGAAGGGUGGAAGGGUAUUUGGAGAUUAAAAGUCCCGGGGGUUACAAAAAUCUUCAUUUGGAAAGCUCUAAAUAAUUGUCUUCCAACUAGAAGGAACUUGUUUAAAAGGAAAAUACUCGAAAACUCCUGCUGCCCUAUAUGCAAUCAGUAUGAAGAAACUAUUUGUCAUGUUCUCUGGAGUUGUGCUGCAGCAGUGGAUGUUUGGGCAGAAAGAAGAAGUCCAGUUCAGAAAUGGCCAUCUGCAGAAGUGGAUUUUGGGUCUGUAUGGAGGAAAAUGUCACAAUCUUUGAGCAUGGAAGAAUUGGACUUGUCUGCUAUAGUCUUGAGGAAUAUUUGGUUAAGAAGAAACAUGUUUAUAUUUGAAUCAUGCUUUAAUAGUCCUGCUAGUAUUUUUCAGCAAGCCGAAAUGACAAGGAUUGAGUACAUGACAGCAAAUAAUACUGAAUGCCCGGGAAGAAAUAUUGUAGAAAGAAGGGAGGUGAGAUGGAAAAAACCAAGGGAGGGGGUGACAAAGAUAAAUUGGGAUGCUGCUUUUCUGAAAAGUAGCAAAAGGAUGGGAAUUGGGAUUGUGUUCCGAGAUCAAGAAGGGGACAUUCUGUUAUCAGCAUGUAUACCACUUUCAAGUGUCAUGACAGCAGCUCAAGCAGAGGCUAAUGCUCUAUGGAAAGCUCUGAAGAUGUGUGAGGAGUUGCGGAUAGGUGAAGCUGAAUUAGAAGGGGAUGCUCUAAGCAUUGUCAAUGCUAUAAACAACAGAGAAGAAAACUGGGAGUGGGGAGGUCAGACAAUUGAAGACAUACGGGGUUUAUUACACAAUAGACCUCAAUGGCAUGUUACUCAUACUUUUAGAGAAGCAAACAAAGUAGCUGAUUUUUUAGCAAAGUUUUCAUUAAAUGUAAAUGAAGAGGUAAUUUGGAUGGAAGAUGGCCCGGAGGGUCUGUACAGUUUGGUCCUACAAGACAAAGUUGUAACUGACUCUUAG